ACAAAAAUUCUAGUAUUUGAGAUAUGAAAAACUGGGCAGGUUUUUUUUGAAGGUCCAUGGAUGUCUAGGCUUUCCUAAGACAUCAAGCUGAGUUGUGUGACUUCCCUGUAGCACUCUUGCGCUCCUUGCUGUGUGUAGACCAAUAAAUGAAUGAAAACAGCGGCUAAUGAGGCAGCUGACAUUAAAAUCCGGAGGUGGAAUCCAGACCCCUGUGGUGAGAUCCACGACUCUAGUGCCACUGCCGAUGGGCUGUGAGACAAGUGACUAAAAGAUCAGACUUUUUCUCAAGUUCUUUGAAGGUCUUAAGUAUGCACAUGAUUGAGAAAGAGCUCUUGGACAAGUUUUUUUUUUUAAAUCCCAGAUCCAAUAACUCUCAAAUUAUUAGAGAUCUGCAUGAAGCUUAUACUUUCUGUCAUAUGUUUAACAGAAAUGGUUAUUAGAGAGGUAGUGAAAUCAUCUUAGGUUACUGAGUCUUGGGUAAAAGGUAAAUAUUUGGAGGUGGAGUGCAGAAACAGACUGUACAGUAUCUCUGGUGACUCUGGCGAGCCACAGGCUCUUAGUAACACCCACUGAAGUGGUUUCCAACAGACUACAUAUCUAGGAAUGAAUAUUUGUUUGAGGUCAGAUUGGACUGAUCCGACUGAUCGUAUAAUUCAAUAUUUUUUACCUCUGUAUGAGGACAUUACCUCAUACUAUUAGCUCAUAAUAAUCAUGAAUUUAAAAAACAACUACAGCACUCAAUUUUCUUUUCCUCCAUCCAUGAAAGAUAGACUCAAUAGAAGGUCACACCACAUGAAGUCUGGGACUCACCUAUGCAGCCCGAUAUGGGGGGAGGAAUAAGCGCUAAUUAUGAGAGGAGGCAACCUUUCCCAUCCCUCCUACCCACUUAACUCCUCAGUGUCUCCUCAUUUGCUUCUGUAACAUUGGUAAUGUGAGCGUCGUAUAACCAACAAUAAAGCUCAAAUUCUGCAGUUAGAAUCUUGGACAUUCUUGGAGCUUCUCUGCGGAGUAAGCUGAACCACUUGUUUAGGAGUGAUCUUGGUUAAGAAGUGCGCUAAGCAGAAUGUCCAACAACAUGGCCAAGAUCGCAGAAGCUCGGAAGACAGUGGAACAGUUAAAACUGGAGGUUAACAUCGACAGGAUGAUGGUGUCUAAAGCAGCCGCUGAGCUGAUGUCAUACUGUGAAUCUCACGCCAAAGAAGAUCCGCUCAUCUCUACUUUGCCCAACUCUGAAAACCCCUUUAGAGAGAAGAAGAUCUUCUGUGCAAUUUUGUAGAUUCCAGUUCAGUCGCCUAAUCACAUUCGACUGUUCACUUUAAUGAUAUUCACAGUGCUGCUUGAAAGUUUAACAAUUUUCUAUAUAUCUGCAUAAAUAUGACGUAAAACAUCAUCAGAUUUUCUCUCACGUCCUAAAAGUCG